AUGGCGCCAUCAGCUUCUCCAGUUCAGGAAGAACCACAGCCUGGGAAUGAGCAGUUCAGGAACCACCUUGCUGCAGCAGUGAGGAGCAUCAGCUGGGUUUACGCCAUCUUUUGGUCAGUUUCAAGCACUGGCCCAGCAGGGGUCCUGACAUGGAAGGACGGGUUCUACAACGGCGACGUGAAGACGAGGAAGGUAACCACCUCGACCUCGGAGAUGACGGCCGACCAGCUCGCCCUGCAGCGAAGCGAGCAGCUCCGGGAGCUCUACGAUUCCCUUCAGCUCUCCGGCGGCGACCGCCACCGCGCGAGGCCACCGCGGCCCGCCGCGGCGCUGUCGCCGGAGGACCUCGGCGACACCGAGUGGUUCUACGUGGUCUGCAUGACCUACGCCUUCCGGCCUGGCCAAGGGUUGCCGGGCAAGAGCUUGGCGAGGAAUGAGCACGUCUGGCUGCGCAACGCCCACCUCGCCGACAGCAAAACCUUCCCCCGCGCGCUGCUGGCAAAGAGUGCGUCCAUUCAGACAAUCGUCUGCAUCCCCCUUAUGGAUGGUGUGCUUGAGCUGGGGACCACUGAUUCUGUCUUGGAGGACCCUGAUCUGGCCAACCGCGCCACCACGCCUUUCCGUGAGCUGCAGUUCCCGGCGUGCACGGAGGAGCCGAACUCCAGCCCAUCAGUUGACGAAACCAGAGAAGCCUCGGACAUCAUUGUAUUCGAGGACGUCGAUCACAAUGCAGCCAUGGAACCAAUGAUCUCCGAGGGGCACGAGCGAGGCAAAUUCUUCACUACUGAGUGUCUGCCCGAUGCCAACUUCGAGGAAGUCACCAUGGAGAUCGACGAGCUCUACAACAACUUCUGCGAGGGACUGGACGUGCAGCUUCUUGAGGAUGAUUGGAUCAGCAUCGACGGCCUCCUCGAAGCUCCCCCUUCUCUUGAGCCGGCGCCCGAGGCGGCUACCGACGAUGGCGAUGGUGAUCACACUUUGAGCAAGCCUGUUGAUGGCUCUCGCUUCUUGUCAAGUUUCAAAGCGUGGACGAGACCGGAAUCCGACCGAGCAGCAGCGCCGGCCACAGCAGGAGCGCCACAGAAGAUGCUGAAGAAAGUGGUGUCCGGCGGAGCUUGGUGGGCGAGCAAUGGCGGUGACGAGAGCACGGCGUGGAGGACAGCAACCCAGGAAAGUGGCAUCACCAAGAGCCACGUCAUGUCGGAGAGGAGGCGCCGGGAGAAGCUCAACGAGAUGUUCCUCGUUCUCAAGUCAUUGAUUCCAUCCACCCGUAAGGUGGACAAAGCAUCCAUCCUUGCCGAAACCAUAGCCUACCUCAGAGAGCUCGAGCGAAGGGUACAAGAGCUGGAAUCCAGCAAGGAGCUCAGCACCCCACGCCCUGCAGCAGGCGCGCUGAGGCACCAUGACGCUGAGGUCGUCGGAACUAGGAAGGCCGCCUCCGGUGGCGCCAAGAGGAAGAAGAAGGGCUCGGAGCUCGACGCCGGCGAUCGGCAGAUGGAGCGGCACUAUGUUGGCUCCAGUGGUGGCCCGAGCAACGUCAGCAUCGCAGUUGCGGACAAGGAGGUGCUCCUGGACGUGCAGUGCCGGUGGAAGGAGCGGCUGAUGGCGCGGGUGUUCGAUGCCGUCAAGAGCCUCCAUCUGAACAUUGUCUCGGUUCAGUCGUCCACGCUGGAUGGCCUUAUGGGACUGAAGGUACGAGCUCAGUUUGCCAGUUCUGCUGCCGUUGCGCCUGGGAUGAUCAUAGAAGCUCUUCAGGAAGCUAUAAGCAGCAGGACUUGAAGGGACGUCACAAAAUGUUGUAGUCGUCUUCGUCUCAUGUACCAGUGAUGCAUCAUAUAUCAUGAUU